UAUCGUUUUGACUUUGUCGGAUUUUGCAUGUUGUUUUUGUCUCCUUUUCUUUUCGCUGUCAAUUUUGUGAAACAUGGCAGAGGUCGUAGAACCAAUCAAGCAGAAGCGUACCUUCAGGAAGUUUACCUUCCGGGGCGUAGACUUAGAUCAGCUUCUGGAUAUGCCAAAUGAGCAACUUAUGGAGCUGAUGCAUGCACGCGCCCGCCGGCGAUUUGCCAGGGGUCUCAAACGUAAACCCAUGGCGCUAGUAAAGAAACUUCGCCGUGCUAAGAAGGAAGCUCCACCAAAUGAAAAACCUGAAAUUGUGAAGACUCAUUUACGGAACAUGAUCAUUGUGCCAGAAAUGGUUGGAUCUAUUGUGGGAAUUUACAAUGGAAAAACUUUUAAUCAGGUGGAAAUUAAACCAGAGAUGAUUGGACAUUACCUUGGAGAGUUCUCUGUCACAUACAAACCUGUAAAGCACGGUAGACCCGGUAUUGGAGCCACUCACAGCUCCAGGUUCAUUCCACUGAAGUGAAAGGUUUACUGGGUCUUAGGUUAAGUCGUAAAUAUUGUUUAUCAGAUGUACAAUAAAGUAUAUUUGUGAACAAAAAA